AUGGCUAUACCUGAUUCCAAAGAUGUUCCUGAUCUUACUGGAACCUGGUUAUUGAACCGAAAGCUGUCAACCGAUCCAGAUGACGUCUUUAUCUUGCAAGGCGUACCUUGGGCUGUCCGAAAGGUGUUGAAAUACGCCCGGCUUUCGCUGCAAAUCCACCAGACCACUCCCCUAUCCGCCAAACAAAGCACACACACGGGAGGAAACUCUAAUGGAAGUUCUGAUUUGUCCGGCAAUUUGAAACCAUUCACGACUCUUCGUAUGACACAAACUGUCAACCCAGGCGGCUUUGACAGCGAAGGGAGUUAUUCGGUUGAUGGAAGCAAGCAAGACAUUUCACUGCCCAUCUUUGGAGAUAUUCAGAUGCAGCUCAAAUUUAUCGACAAAUCUGGCAUACUGGAUGACUCCAUCCGUCAAAUUCUGGAGACGGCCAGCUUGACUGACAAGGUCAUUCAAGAAUUGGCCCGGAAUACGUCAAAGGGAUGGGAAGCAGAAGUGAUUUGGGGAUUUGAAGAGCUGGACGGAAGGAGACAUUUGACACGAAACAUUAGCACGACCAAGGAGGAAAAGAAAGUCAUUGCUAAGAUGGUUUACGAUGGUCCAAAUUAG